UCAUUAAUAGUUCGAAGGAUAAUGACGUGUCGUCAUUAUUUCUUUACAUCAGAUUAUUUAUCAUAUCGUUUUUGAGAAUAUCUCAGUUCAUAUUCACGUACGGAUUUAAAUAUAAAUAUAUCAUCAUUAUAUACAAGAUACACCAGAUGAUCUAGAAUUCCAGUACACGAAACAAAUGGCGAAGAGCUCGGUCGCAAUUGAUUGGGAAGAUCUGAGAAAACAGGCCCGACAUUUGGAAAAUGAAAUCGAUGCAAAGUUGGUAGCUUUUAGCAAGCUCGGAGUUAACGCAGGCUCAAGUCAUUCCAGCGCAGAUACUGUUCCGCUUUUGGACGAAGACCAUGUUUUUGAAAACAUGGCCUCAGAAAUCGAGUCGUUGCUGGCCAAGCUGAUGGCGGUGAAUGAUAAAAUGAGUGGAAUUCAACCAAACGGAGCUGCUAUGCUUCAUACUAUGCAGCGUCACAAAGAAAUUCUCAAGGACUAUAAACUUGAGUUUAAUAAAACUCAAAAUAAUUUCACUGCUAGAAAAGACAGAGAAGAUCUUCUUGGGAGCGUCAGAAAAGAAAUUGACAACUACAAAAGUGGAAGUGGACUGAAUAGACGAGAUAUGUACAUCAAAGAAAGCAACCACAUUCACAAUUCUGACAGGCUGAUCAAUGAUCAAAUAAGCAUAGCGAUGGAAACUCGGGAUCACUUGAUGACACAACGCCAGGCAUUCAAGCGCAUACAAACGCGAUUCAACGAUAUUUCAAACAGAUUCCCAGCAGUUACUAGUCUCGUCCAGAGGAUAAAUUUACGAAAGAGACGAGAUUCGUUGAUUCUUGGUCUUCUCAUCGGUUUUUGCACUUUUCUUAUGCUUUUUUACGCUUUCCACUGAGCUCUCUGAAGGAUAAAAAGAAAGAGAAACAAAAACACACCAGAAUACUUCCAAGCGUAAUGCAAUUGUCAUUUUUUUAUCGCUGUACAUAAAAAAAAGUGAUGGAGUGCACGAUAUGAAUUAUUACUAAUUUGAAUAAUCAGUAUCCACGCGCACUAGAUACGAUCUCUUUGUCGAAUUGAAUAUUUCUCCAAGAAACAAAUCCAGAUUAACAAAUGAAUAUUUAUUGGAGUACUAUCUCGACCAAAGCUUUAACCUUUCAUUACUUUUGAGCUUAAAAGAUGUACUUGUUGAAAUAAAAAGUUAUGAAGUGAAUGAAUUUAAAUAACUGAAAAAAAUCUCUAAAAUUUGUUUGAUAUUUAUAAAUAUUUUGAUUUAUCUCUUAAAUCAUUUGAUAUUUCUUAUUUUUUUUCGUAAAAUGUUCGUAUAUUUAAGAGUUACGUAUAAUAGUUGAUUUCUCAACGAAAAAUUGAUCAUUUUAUUAACGGUCAAAAGGUUCAAUUAUUUUUCUACGGAUAAUAUACAUUCGAAAAUGGAUCCAUUUCAAAUGUACUGUAAAGGUUACAACUUUGAUCACGAUUUUAUCGAAUCUUGCGUAGAAUUGAAAAAAAAACGGAGAACCCACUUUCCGAGUCGUUUUUUCCUUCCUUGGAAUUUUGAGACCCCUCGAAAAAUGAAUGUUCAAUGGUCAUGGGUAUGAAAAAAAAUGUAUAUAAUAUUUUAUACGAUAAUAGAUUCAAGUUACUAAUCAAUCGUAGCUUGUACACGUAAUGCUACAUGUUUAGGUAAAAUAAAAAUAUACGAAGAUGAAAUUUA